GACCAGCAGAGGACCAGGAGAGCAGGACGCCGCUAGCUCCGUCAUUAAGUCACUCAGCCUGCUCAGAGCCUGCCGUUCGCACACAUUUCCUCCGGUCGAGCGCCCCGUGAGGCUCGGACCCCACCGUGUGUAUCCCCCCCGGUGGAGAUGAGUGAUAAGCUGCAUUGGACUCCUCGGACCCGCCCGGCUGCCGGUCCGUCGGCUGACAGCUGUCACCUAGCUGCUUAGCGGGCUAGUUAGCCGGCUAGGCGUGAGACCAGCUAACCGGGGUUUCCCUUCGACCUCGCAGCCCGGCCACUGUUGUCUGAGAGUGGAAAGCGCCUGUUUAUCUCAAGGUUUGACUCCGCCCGGUGUUGAAGUCAUGAGCCGGCCUGGGAGCGCCGCUCAGCUCCGGGAUAUUUGAAGCUAUUUGAGUUAGCGCUUAGCUCCGGGCUAACUAACUCAUUCAAUUACUGGAAAAGCUCCGUGUUGCUAACAGCGGCUCAUCUCAGUCAAGCAGGGGCUGUUUUAAUUUAAUCCGAGCAUUUGCUGCGACGCCGAGACGCGUCGGGACCCGGCCGUACUUUGGAUAACAUCUGGGGGAAAUGAAGAAAUUCUUUGAUUCUCGACGGGACUAUGCGGGCUCCGGGCCUGGUUCCGGAGCCGGCGGAGGAGGCGCCGGUUCGGGCGGCGGUGGCAGCUUCAUCGGGCGGGUGUUCACCAUCGGGAGAUAUCAAGUGACCGUCGAAGAAAUCGUGGCAGAAGGAGGAUUUGCCAUAGUUUUUCUGGUGCGCACACAUCAAGGCGUACGCUGUGCCCUAAAACGAAUGUAUGUCAACAAUGAACAUGAUCUGCAGAUCUGCAAACUGGAGAUACAGAUUAUGAGGGACCUGGUGGGCAACAAAAACAUUGUUGGCUUCCUGGACUCCAGCAUAGCAGCAGUUGGAUCUGGCGAUGUGUGGGAAGUCCUAAUCUUAAUGGACUUCUGUCGAGGUGGGCAGGUUGUGAACCUGAUGAACCAGCGGUUGCAGACGGGCUUCACUGAAGCGGAGGUGCUGCAGAUCUUUUGCGAUACGUGUGAGGCCGUCGCUCGUCUCCACCAGUGCAAGACUCCGAUCAUUCACCGAGACCUCAAGGUGGAAAAUAUCCUUCUGCACGACCGAGGACACUACGUACUCUGUGACUUUGGAAGCGCCACCAACUGCUUCCAGAACCCUCAGACAGAAGGGGUGCCCAUUGUGGAGGAGGAGAUCAAAAAGUACACAACACUGUCAUACCGCGCUCCAGAGAUGGUGAAUCUCUACGGUGGAAAGGUUAUCACAACAAAGGCAGACAUUUGGGCCAUGGGUUGUUUACUCUACAAGCUGUGCUUCUUCACGCUUCCCUUUGGCGAGAGCCAAGUGGCCAUUUGCGAUGGCAGUUUCACAAUCCCAGACAAUUCCCGCUACUCCCAGGAAAUGCACUGUCUUAUUAGAUACAUGCUGGAACCGGAUCCAGAUAAGAGACCAGACAUCUACCAAGUAUCCUACUUUGCUUUUAAACUGGCUCGACGAGAAUGCCCGAUCCCUAAUGUACACAACUUGCCCAUUCCUGCAAAACUUCCUGAGCCUAUCAGAGCCAGUGAAGCAGUGGCCAAAAAGAGUCAAACCAAAGCCAGGCUCACGGACCCCGUUCCGACCACGGAAACCUCAAUAGCGCCUCGUCAGCGACCCAAAGCCGGCCAGGCUCAGCCCCAGCCCAUAUCGGGCAUUCUUCCUAUCCAGCCGGCUCUCACGCCACGCAAGAGGCCCAGUGCGACGACUGGAGCACCCCAAGCUAUAGGUGUUGCAGCUGCAGUGCAGCCGGCCCAGCAGGCUCCUGCUGCACAGGCGGCCAGCAUGCAGCCGCAGGCUACACCUCAGCAUCAGCAGCUCCUGGUGAAGCACCAGCAGCAGCAGCAGCAGCAGCAGCAAACCUCGGCUUUCCUCAGCCCUCAAAGCAACCAGCAGCACCAACUGGUACAGAACCUGCAGCAGCAGCAGCAUCAACACACAGCCUCUCAAGCCUCUGCUGCCCUGCAGUCCAAAGUUAAACCUCUGCAACACCACCAGCAGCAGCCGCAGCUGCAUGUAUCUCCCGAAACAGCAGCUCUCCAUCUCACCCCCAUCCCAGAGUCGGCCGUCAUCGGUCCCGCAGCUGAGACAGAGAGCGCCCGAGGGAUUCACAAAGUCGGCUCCUUGACGCCCCCUUCAUCACCAAAGACGGCCCCGAAGAGUGGCCACAGGCGCAUCCUGAGCGACGUCACCCACAGCGCAAUCUUCGGGGUCCCGGUCAGCAAGUCCACCCAGCUCCUGCACGCGGCGGCAGCUGAAGCCGGACUCAACAAGUCCAAAUCGGCCAGCACGACUCCCUCCGGCUCGCCGUGUUCGUCGCAGCAGAGCGUGUAUCAUGGCGGCGAUGUCGACGGCCUCUCGGCGCCGGUGGCAGCCAAACCUCAGUCCAGCUGGAACCCUUUCGGUGACGAUAACUUCUCCAAACUGACAGCGGAGGAGCUCCUCAACAAAGACUUUGCAAAGUUAGCCGAGACUGCUGCAGCGGGAGAGAGGGUCACAGGCUCCAGCGAAAACCUCAUUCCAGGACUCAGUUCUUUUCCAGCAAAGGCAGAGUUGUGUGUGGAUUCAUUGAUUCCUGGUUUGGAACCUCCCCUGACGCAGCGACACCCAGGCCAGACAGAACUCACUCCUGCCACCCUGCCAGAUUCUCUCACUGGGGAGGACUCUCUGCUGGGUGUCGGUCUGUUAUCUCACACUUCUCACGGAAAGCCGUCUGUCUCUGCUCUCCCUUCCUCCUGCUCUUCUGCUCCUCCGGGCUCUGGAUCCUGUCUGGAGGAUCUGCAUCCUAGCCCGGCCGCUUCUGACUCUACUUUCCUCAUGUCGUGCGGGGAAAAGGGCAACGACGACGAGUUUGACCCUAUUCCUGUGCUUAUCUCCAAAAACUCAAAUCAAGAUAUGCAAGGGGAGAGCAAUGGCUACACUGUGCUCGAGGAGGGACAAGAAGCGGCAGUCCUCGAAGGGGAGUCCCAACAGAUCGAGGGCUGUGUGCACUCCAGCGACGAAGACGAAGAGAAGGAGUCCCAGAAGGAGGAGCGGCAGGACGGAGUCGCCGCUGACGGCCCAGUAGCAGUGCUCGACUGCAGCGGCUCUCAACCUCUGCUGCAGGACUCUGAGGACGAAGACGAGAACGGACCUCAGUUAGCUCUCCUGCACCCAAGCGCCACAGCAACACAGCCUUCCGCUAACUUCAACCAAGAUCCUCCAGGUUCCUAUGCUCAGAAUCAUUCGCACGAGCCAGCCCAGGGAGCGCACACCGCCGCUGAUGUUUUCUCUAAAGCCCCCUUUCGGAUUUCUCAAGAAGAGAGCGCCGACGUGUUCAGCAACGCGCCGUUUCCCCGUGCAAUGCCUGCAGGCCCACAGCAGCUCGACGUAUUCUCCCAGGCUCCUUUCGUAAGAAGAAAGGAAGCCGCCGCAGCACAACCGAAGACCUCAUACAUCCAAACAGCUGGAGUUCACGCCGUAACCUCCGACCAAGGAGUGUUGGGACAAGUGGCCCAACAGCCUUUCCGCCCUCAAGCUCUGGCCAAAUACUCGCGGCACUUCGAGGGGCCGGUGCCGCAGCAGCCGGUAGCAGCUCACAGAGUGGUGUCGAACGUGAGCAGGCAAGCUGCGGUGGCAUCCGUCCCUGUCGGACCUCUUCACUCAUGGACCUCCGAGGUGGGCUCCGUGGAUCCCUUUGUCUCCGCGCCCUUCCACCUCAAGGCGCCGCAGGAAAAGCCCUGAGGGAUCCUCACCGAGACGUCAAACCGCUGAAUUAUGCAAACUGUAACAGGCAUUCUGCAUGCUGUCACCAGCGCUGCAGCUGGACUGCAGACCCGCAUGGAUCUCAUUCUUAACCAAUAGUGCAAGGUCAUCUGUACACUGAAACUCAAAUCCAUCCCACACUCCCACUCGUUUUUUUUUCCUCCCCAGUCCUUCACACAUCCACAUAUCCAAUAUGGUGGUCAAGCAUUUGAUUGUUUUCUUGUCUACCUCAAGUUAUGUUUCUGCGCUGACAUGCCACACAGUGAGGGAGCUCACAGAUCGUCCGUACGUCUGAACUUCACUGAGAAACUACGAUCUGAUGAUUUCCUGUGUUCUCUUUCAAGACGGAAUGAAUUCAGUGAAUCACAAGAUCAUAUAAUCACAAGAUUUGAGUGAGAGAAACACUGUAUAGUACUAUCAGUCACUGCAAAACAUCUCCCCCUUUGUCUAAUCUGCCAAAAUGAUGAGCAGCCUUCCCGUUUUUCUGUUGUUGAAGAAAAGAAAACUCGGUCAACAACAGAAAAACCUUGAGUUAACACGACUUCUGCCUACAGUCAUGAACUCUGAGUCGAUGGUUUUUGGACCCAAUCCUGUUUAUUUCUCGACAGUUAAUGAAACAGAUGCUGGAUGAUGAUGCAGAUGUUUAAAUGUUAGCAUUUGAUCAUGUAAAACUUUUUUUUUUUCCUGUUAUGAGUCUCAUGGUCGGUCUGCUGUCUCAUGAAAAUAAAAUAGCAAGUGUUUGUUCCUAUGAUGCUUAUAUAAAUGUUAGGCAUAGAAAAUUCAUUGUAGUAGGUUCGGUGUUAUUGAAAUGUAUGAUGUAUGAUUCCCUUUUCCUCGUAUCUCCGUUCAAGAUGCCGUCUCUGAAGCCUCACGCGUCAAGACUGUAUUUAUCACUUCUGCCUUUAGUGCCCUCCUCGAGAAACUGCUGCAUUUUACAUUAUUUCAUUAAUAUUGCACUGACAUUCAGCACCAAAUACUUGCAUACAGUCAUAUAUGACAUUAUUUUUGCAUUCUGUAUUACACGCGCAAGAUUUUCUUUCAACUUGUCUAAGUCGAUUUCUCAUUCACAAACAGCUCACGUGAAAACUUGGACAGCAAAACAAAAAACAAAACAGUGCUUUCCAGCGGUCACACAAAUAUCUACAGCACUUAAUGCUUUGCAGUUUCGAGUCGGUGAUUGUAACAGGUGUGUGAGGUAAGAUUUUAAUUGUCUGAAUGAUGACAUUCCUGUUGAAUUUAUUUCCUUCACCUUUUGGACUUUUUUUUUUUUUCCUUUUCCUUUUUUGUUUUUUGUUUUUAUGUCUUUGUAAAAUCAUGAAACACUUUUUUGUUUUUGACCAUGGCACUUUGAAGAAAAGGGGACCCAACCAGUUACAACCCAAAGUUUAUGACAUGCAAAUGCCAGAUUUCCUUUUGUUUUUAUGGAAGUGUACAAUCUUUUUUAAAAAUGUAUAAUUCAUGUUUCUCACCCAUAUCGGAUUGCACAUGGUGACUGACACCGAGUCAAGGUCCUCUAAGAAUGUUUUUGUCAGUGACACAGCUGUAAAGUUUAUUAUGACUAGCAGUGUAUAGGAAAACGUCAGAGAAACAGCUGAUGACACUGUUGGAUGAAAAAGCACUCGAAAUCCUUGUUAUGCUGCACAGCCUGCCUUUUGAAAACUAUGCUGUAAGUCAUAAAGAAACUAUUAAAUGAAUGUAAAUCA